AUGGGCCAAGUGCUUCAUGCAAUUGUUGUGGUGCAACAAGCUCGAAUGGGACGAUUAAUUCCCCGCCAUAUCCCGGUCAUUGAUCAACGAGGCAUUCAACUCUUGGGCUUCGCGGAUGCAUCUAUUGAAGGCUAUGCGGCCACCGUUUAUCUGCGUAUUUUCGACAAUUUUGGACUCAUUUCUGUCAAAUUUAUCACGUGCAAAACUAAAGUUGCCCCUGUGAAGAGUGUUGCCACUAACGAUUCAUUGUCCAUACCUCGUCUAGAGUUGUGCGGAGCCCUGCUACUAGCGCAGACGCUUCAUCAUAUUUAUUCCAUUCUGUCCUCUGAGAGGGCCAUAUCUCGACUCCGUGCUUGGUCUGAUUCAUCUAUUGUACUGUCAUGGUUGACGUCGGAUCAGAAGUACUUUAAGAUUUUCGUCACCAACAGAGUCGUAAAAAUCCACCAGCUCAUACCCGAUCGUGAGUGGGAUCACGUGUCAACCACAGACAACCCUGCGGAUCCUGCAUCUCCUGGAUUGUUGCCAAGGUCCACAUUGUCGUCGGACAUUUAUUGGAAUGGCCCAGUAUUUUUGCGACUGCUUGAGGAACAAUGGCCCAAGUCUCAGUUCUCGCCGUUAUCUUUAGACCAACUGCCUGAACAUAGUUCCAAAGUUAUCACGACUUUAACCAUUAAUGUUAAAUCACCGCCGUUCGAGGUGUUUAAUCGUUUUUCGUCACUCAACAAAAUGCAGCGUGUCCUGUCCUUUGUUUUCCGUUUUUUGGACCGUCUUCGCCGACUACCCAUAUGUUCUGGUCCUGUCACAUUUAUGGAACGCGAUACCAUGUUAUCCGUUGUCAUACGUCAAACCCAACUCUAUUAUUUUUCGGAAUUGUUCAAAAUUUUGGAAACUCGGUCCACAGUCACUCCACCAUCCAUGGCACAGUUAGCUCCACACGUCGAUAACAAAGGAGUUAUUCGUGUCGGAGGUCGUUUAUGCUGGUCAGAUGCCCGCCAUGACGCUAAAUACCUGAUUUUGUUGCCACGGUCCUUGCUUCUCACGGAAUUGUUGAUUAGACACUGUCACUUGUCAUUUAUUUUCGGUGGACCGAAGUUAAUUUUAUCAAUGCUGAACCAGAAGUUUUUGAUUUUGUUCGGUCGCGCCGCCGUUCGACAGGUUAUCUUUUCUUGUGUCCCGUGUACGCGUCACUAG